AUGUCUGACGAGAGUAACAUCGAAUUGGAAGAUAUAACAGAGGUAGUAUUCGUGGCUGAUGCCGAUGUGAGCUCGGAAGAACCUCCUAUGGACGAAUGGCCUUCACUAAUUAUUGCAUUUCCAGAACAAAAUCCUAAACGGAAUGAAUUCCAACUUGGUUUAUAUCACCCAGGAAGCGGUGAGGUAUGUGCCAAAUAUAUUCAAUUGUCAGAUAGCGACGUCUUUAGACACCCGUAUUAUAAUUAUCCUGCUAUAAAAGAUCCGGGUAUAUUGACAGCUCUGAUUGAUCCUGAAGAUAAAAUCAUAUACCCUGAUGAUGGCCAAGAAUUAUACGAAAAUGUGUGUAAAGAAAUGGAGGAAGCUCCUGUCAAAUCUUUUGUCAGAGGUUUACUUAAUGAAAUUAUAGAUUUACGUUAUUAUUGCGUCAGCUCCAAAGGUAUCCGUGCGAUGUCUUUGGCUUUACGCUUUAAUAGGAAUGUCAAAGUAUUCAACUUGACGGGAAGCUUUUUGGACGACGAUGCAUGUUAUCAUCUAGGAGAUAUGAUUUCAAAUAAUUGUACAUUAGUCGAGUUGAACUUGUCUGGCUGUAAGAUAGGACCAGCGGGUGCAAAACGUAUAUUCAACGGGCUGACGUCGAAUAAAACCAUACGAGUAUUGAAUCUUGACAAAAAUGAUCUCACUGACCAAGGAAUGAUAUACCUUGCGUCAGCAAUAUUUUGUGGCAUUGACAUACACGAAAUAUUUUUGAGUUACAACAAUAUUACCGGAAACGGUGUCAGUGCUCUAGCCGAAGUAUUUGAGACUUUCAACAAAUUCACAAAAAUAGACCUUUCUUGGAACAAUCUUUAUUCUCCCGGAGGUGUGUAUAUUUUUCUUUCACGUCUUGGAGAGAACAAUGUUUUAACAGAACUGAAUUUGUCAUGGAAUUCAAUGGCCGGAGCUCGUAUUGGUACAGCUUUAAAAAAUGUUUUAAGUGCUCCAGAAUUGCGUCACUUAAACUUAAGCAAUAAUAAAUUGAAUAAAGAAGGCAUUUCUAACUUAUUGCCAGGAUUAACUAAAGCUAAAAAACUGGUAACUCUAGAUCUAUCUUACAAUCCCAUGACAACAGAAGAUGCUAAAAACGUGCUCAAUAAAGUCAAGGAUCCGAAAAUUAAACUCAGGAAAUUACUAAUGGACAACGUAUUCGUAGACAAUGAAUUUCUUGAAAUAUUAAAUUCGAUAAAGGAAAUGAAGACCAAGCAGAAUCUUGUUGUUUCUUUUGGGGGUAUCGUCGGAGCAUUUAAGGCUGUCGGUCCAGAUGUGCGGGAGCUUUUAUUAAAUAGAGCCGAAUUUUUAACAAAGAAAUCAAAGAAGAACGCUGUAGACAUAGCACUUGUUGCUAUGCAAUUGCUAAAAGACAAAAACGAAUUGAUGGAGCCUAAAGAAUUCACUAGUGCUAUACAACGAUCUGGAGCUCCUCUGGAUAACGAUUUGUUGGAAGAGAUUGCUACAGUGUUCGCUGGGCCUCGAUUACCUAAAUCAAAGACCGUUAAUAUUAAGUUACUAGUUGAUUAUAUUAAAAGGAAAUGGCCUGAUAAGAAACUUCCUACCACUCCACCUUCUGAAACAGAACCCGCAUCAACUGUAAAAGAAAAUGUAAAAGGUGAAAAGAGUGUCAAAAUAAAAGAGAAGUAA